UCUAACAACGUAUAACGUCGAUAAGAAGAAGCAACAGCUAAUUCUUUCUUUUCUAAAAGAAAACGUAAACAGCAAGCAAAUGGAACAAUCAUUGCAGCUUUUUAACGUGCAACAUGGUCAUUCACCAGCACAUAUCGUGUGUGACAUCCCGUUCUGGAGGUCCCAGUUCAAAGCUCUGGCCGCCGCUAACCUUACACAUAACCAGGCGCUAUGUAAGAUAAUCGGGAGAACUCAGAGCUACGUGGACAGCAUUGCAACAACUGAUACCAGGUGUCAAGACGAAGAAACUUUGAUCGCACACUUGAUGACUGUACAAAAUGGUUUGAAAUACCAAGCGGCAAAGUUAAAGGCGGACGCUGAAGUAUAUCAAGAACUAGAACGCUCACUUAAACAACACAAAAUGAAGGCCCAUGAGCAAAAAUUGGCCAAGUAUAACCAACAGUUGAAGAACUGCCGUGAAAAACUGGACAAACAAAACAAGAUUAUUGAAGAGCACAAGGCGGCUUACCACAAGGUUAUGUUACAAAUUGAAAGAGGUAGAAUAAAAUCCAAACUUGCUACCAAACCAGAUGUAGUAUACAGGACCGAAGGGAAACUGAAUGCCUUAAAGUCUAAAGCCGACAAACUGAACCGGAAAUAUGUGAAACAACUCGGAAAAUGGCAGCGAAAGUUUGAAAAUACAGAAAAGGUAUCUCUUGAAUAUGAGGACGUAUUUACAGACCUACAAUCUGAACGCGCGAGUAUCGUGCUGUCUACCCUCAGAGAAUGUGUUACCCAAACUGACGCCGGCAUUAUCGGCGAUAUAAACCGCAUAUUCAAAGGCAUCGACGGAGCAAAUAUAAUCAGAAGCAAAAUGCUUCAAAGGGAGGAAAUUCUAGCUCCAAAAUAUGAGGAAUUUGAACCUUCUGGCAACACAACCGAGAUGUACGCCCAAGCAAAAGCGGAGAUAGAAGCAGAGGAGAGAUGUUCGUACAGUAGCGAUGACGAUAUUAGUGUUUCCGACGUAGAAUUUAAACAUGAACUCAACGUUAACAGGCAUAUGAAGACAGCACGAAAAUCUCGUACAUAUAUUGUAACAGAAAACUACAGGAGACAAAAUAUUGACGAAAUUAAUUUGAAUAUUGGCGACCAAGUGGCAAUAUUGCUCCCGGCAAAUGAGAAAGGAAUGGCUUACGGUGAAGUUACAAGAAACAAUAUGCUGCAUAAGAAAAAGAAAGGAUUCUUCCCAGAGAGUCACGUUGGUCAUAUUGAUGAAAUUCAGGCCAACAUCGAGAAUAAUGUACGGGCCACGGAUGACACCGAAAGAAAUUCCAGGAAUAAGUUUCAAAUGGGAGUAAUGAAUGCUUUAAAGCCAAACAAGAAGACUAAACUGACGGAGUCCGAGCACGAAGUAAAGACAGAUGAGGUAGGGAAGAAAAGCUGGCCAAGGAAAAUUUUCUCUGCAGGAAAUCUUUUAAGAAAAUUGGGGAAGAAAGAAGGAAAAGGAACGCAAAUCGAAUUGCUCCCUGGUGCGUUCCGCUUAAUGAUGGAAAAUGGACGCAGUGGGCAGCUUGCAAGAGAUCUGCAGCCAGGAGAGUCUGAGUUUUCCAGAAGGAACGAUGCACAAGAAAAUAAUGCCAGAGUAGAUCAGGAGCAACCACGUGAUUUAGUAAUUGAAGAAGUAGAUGUUGACAAUACAUUUGUAAGGUUUAUACAAAUGGGAUGUGAGAUGAACGCCAUAAAACCAGACGAAAAUUUAGCAGAAGCAGACGACAUUGAGGUCAACUUGUGUGAAGGAAGAAGGAAGAUUGGGAAAAGAAAGGGAAAGGAAUCAUAAAUAGCUGUCUUUAAUUGUCUUUUUUUUUCUAUCAAAUUUUCUACUUUAUAACUUAAAAUUUAAGAGAUAGUAAAGAAAUUUAUUAAUAUAA